UGUUGUAUUUGGCGCGUUUUAAAAUAUUCGGUUGAAUAAUUCUCUUGUUUUAUGUUACAAUUUAGUUAUUGCUAAUUUAUAAUUAAUAAUGAGCUCCAUAUAUGGUGAAGAUGUUGUCGAAGACAUACUUAGUGGAAAUUUGCAUGAACUACCAAGCGACGAGGAUGUGGGUAGGGAAGAAGUGUUUGGCCAAGAAGGCGAGACCGGCGAUAACGCGGAUGGCGAUGGUGGCGAGGGUGGAGAAAAUCAGGGCAUUAAAGUGGAGCCAAAAAAGCGAACAGUACGUAAUCCACGGCCCAAACUAUCACUUGAUACUUUGACAGGUCCGCGCGGCAUACACACGAUCGAAAAUUAUUUCAAGGAUAUACAAUUCAAAGGCAAAGGGCACGAAAAGCGUGAUCUGGAUGAAGUGAUGCGCCGUAUGACGCAUUGGGCGCAUCGCAUGUAUCCAAACUACACAUUUGACGAUGUUUUAACAAAUGUGGAACGCAUUGGCAAGAAAAAAUCUUUACAAGUGCAUAUGUCACGCUAUCGCCUCGGCAUGCUGGACAACUUAAAAAAUACUGAAGAUCAAGUGCACGAUGAAGAGGAAGAUGGCGCCGCAGUUGGUGAAGCAGCUGAUGAACCCUUUGACGAAUUUGAUGCAUUGUUAGGAGAACAAAUUGCCAUCUCUAAGUUGGCUCCACGUACGCCUUCGCACUACAGUAGUGGUGGUGGCGGUCAUGUUGAUGCGACAUUCACUGGUGCCAGUAGCAGCACAUUGCCAACACCCUCCUUUAAUCGCGGCAAUGCGGUUAUGUCCACACCAUAUUCCAAUAGGGAACCCGCAGGCAAUACACUAAAUGACAGCGACUUGGCUAGACCGCUGCCACCAUCACAGCCUGCCUCUCCUGCGCCCAAAUUGACAGCAGAGCAGAUGGCUCGAAUAGCUGAAAAUCGACGUAUUGCCUUGGAGCGUUUGAAAGCGAAAAAAGAACGUUUGCUGCAGCAGCAGAAUACGGCUGAUAGGGAAAUAGUGCGGAUUGAAGAAGAAACAUGAUAUUUUGAAAUGAUAGCUUUAAAGGACCUGCUCCUGAAUUCUAAACUAAGUCAUUUUGAAACACUAUUCAGUUUGUAUGCCCUCGAUUGAGCAAUAAAAUUUGUAUUUAAAUAUAC